AUGUCUUCGAAAAAGUCUAGUCCGGAACCAGGGGCGGCCGAAGACCCCGAAGAAUACGGUGUCGAAAAAAUCAUCGAUUUUCGCAUGGAAAACGGCGUCAAAGAGUAUUUGUUAAAGUGGAUAGGUUAUGAUGACAAAGAUAAUACAUGGGAACCUGAAGGUAAUCUCGAUUGUCCAAGCCUUAUAAAAGCCUUCGAAGCCGAUCGCGAAGCAAAAGAGGCUGAAAAAAGCAAAAAAAGAAAAAGUACAGGGACCCUAACCUCCGAAUUGAAGUCGGGCAAAAAACCAUUCAAACCUGACGAAAAAAAAUUACUUGGUUUUGACAGGGGCCUUGAGCCCGAAAAGAUACUUGCAGCAACAGACAGCUCAGGCCCUCUAAUGCUUUUAAUGAAAUGGGUUGGAACGGACGAGGCCGAUCUGGUGCCAGCCAAACAAGCUAACGUUAAAUGCCCACAAGUAGUCAUAAAAUUCUAUGAGGAACAUCUAUCUUGGAACUCGCCCAGUGUUGAAACAGAGAAACAUAACCUGUAA